AUGCCAGAAGCUGUUGAAAACCUAAUUGCAAGAGACGUUACACCUAGCACACAUGAGGCAAUUGAGAGAAUCUUCAUGGAUAUAGGGAAUAUCAACAGAGAGUCUAUGGCUGACAUACAGGAUUGUCAGAUUGAAGAAAUGGCAGUAAACCUGUGGAACUGGGCAGUUACCAAGAAAACAGGUUUGGUGAUAACUGAAGAACAGAAAGCUAAAUUGCGGCAUGUUGCUUGCAAGUUGAUUUGCAUGUGUGAACACCCAGAUGCAUCAGAAGAAGCCAUUCAAAGACAAAUUUUGAUGAAUAUGAAAACAGGAAGAGGGUGGGUGAAUGUUGGAAAUGUGGUGCUUGCUGAUGAUUUUUUUCAAUCUGCCAUGACUAGUCUGGAGCAGUUAUAUUUGAAAUUAACUCAGAGGAGCCCCACUGAGGAACAUGUGAUUAUGCAGAAGACUGCUGUGGAGAGGGACCUUUUGAAAGUGCUUUCUUACCAAGCAGAGGCAGCAGUUGCUCAAGGGGAUUUUCAAAGAGCAUCUGGUUGUAUACUACGCUGUAAAGAUAUGUUGAUGAGGCUUCCCCACAUGGCUUGUUAUCUUCAUGUUGUCUGUUACAACUUUGGAAUACAAACCUACAGGCAGAAUAAAUAUGAAGAAAGUUCUUUCUGGCUUAGCCAAAGCUAUGAUAUUGGGAGGACGGACAGGAAUUCUGUUGAGCCAGAAAUGCUGGCUAAAGUUCUGCGGUUACUAGCCACCGUUUAUUUGGAUUGGGACAGCAGCGAAUAUUAUGAUAAGGCUCUCAACAUUAUAAACCUAGCAAACAAGGAACAGUUACAUCCAGUUGGGCUUUUCUUAAAGGUGAAAAUCCUCUUGAUGGGUGAAAUAACUAAUGAAGAACUUUUUCAAGCUGUUAUGGAAAUUCUACAUUUUGGCAUGUCCAUGAACUUCUGUCUGAAUAUUGCUAAACUGCUGAUGGAUCAUGAAAGAGAAUCCGUUGGAUUUUAUUUCCUGAAGAUUAUCUGUGAACAUUUUAAGUCAUCAGAAGAUACUAGUAAAGCUCAACUGCUCCACAUUGACAUGCUUUUACAAAGGAAGGAAGAAUUGUUUGCAAAGGAGAAGAUUGAAGAAAUCAUUAUAGGUCACCAAACAGGAAAACCACUGGCAUCAGAAUUAAUAGGCUAUUUCCACAGCAUUAUUUGGAAACAAGCUGCCAGAAGUUACGAGGUUCAAAAUUUUGAUGAUGCCCUGCACUGGUACUGUUAUUCUCUGAGAUUUUAUGCAGCUGAUCAAUCUGAUCUGGACUUGGCCAAGCUACAGAGGAACAUGGCUUCUUGUUACCUGCAUUUGGGACAAUUUGAUAAGGCUAAAGAGGCAGUUAUAGAAGCUGCACAACGUGAUCCUAGAAAUAUUUUCACUCAGUUUUAUAUAUUCAAGAUUUCAAUCGUGGAGGGCAACUCUGGCAGAGCUUUGCAGGCAAUUAUCACUUUAGAGUAUCUAUUAAUGACUCAAGAGCAACAUGAAAAUAAUGUAUCUACAAAGAGAAGUUCAGGUGUCAUGCUUCUCAGUUUGGCUGCCCAGUUUGCUCUAGAGAAUGGCCAAGAAGUUGUAGCAGUAAAAGCUUUGGAAAAUUUAGCUAAACUUUCAGAAGACCCGCAACAAGUUCUUACAGCUUUAAAGUGUUUGUUUCGUCUUUUCCUUCCAAGAGUUUCUCAAAUGCCAGAAUCUGAAAACAAGAAGAAUGAAAUGAAUAGACUUUUGACUUACUUCAGUACAGCACUCCUGAAACUUCCUCAGUUAUUUGAAGGAGAAGCCUUGCCUUUAAUCUCUAAGAUUAACGAAGCUCAUUGGUUUCGAAAAACAGCUUGGAACUUGGCUGUGCAAUGUGAGAAAGAUCCACUGUCAAUGAGAGAGUUUUUUGUGCUUUCUUAUAAGCUGUCCCAGUUUUGUCCUUCCGAUCAAGUAAUUCUGAUUGCACAGAAAACAUGUUUACUCAUGGCAGCUGCAGUUGAUCUACAGCAAGGGAGAAAAGCUUCAACAGCUUUGGAACAGACCUGCUUACUAAAUCGUGCACUUGAUCUGAUAUGUAAAUGCAGAGACGUCUGGAAUCUCCUGAAAACAACAGGGGACUUCUCAGGUGAUCCAUGCGAGACAUUGCUUCUGCUGUAUGAGUUUGAAGCGAGAGCCAAACUGAGUGACCCAUUACUGAACCACUUCCUGGCACCAAUGUGGGAACUACCUCAUUUAGAAAGUAAAACAUUUGAAACAAUUGCAGCAUUAGCAAUGGAAAUGCCUGCAUGCUAUCCUUCUAUUGCUCUGAGGGCCUUGAAAAAGGCUUUGUUUUUCCACAAAAGGAAAGAAUCAAUUGAUGUUUUGAGAUACAGCAAAUGUAUGCACAGCUUGGUUAACCUCUUAGUGCCAGAUGGGGUGCCGAAUACAGAACUCUGUCCCAUGGAAGAAAUUUGGGGCAGUUUUGAAGAUGCUCUGAUCUUUAUUAGCCACACCGAAGGCUACCCAGAAAUGGAGAUUGUCUGGCUGAUGAUCAAGUCCUGGAAUAUUGGCAUAUAUCUGUACAGUAGACACAUGUAUGUAUCUACUGAAAAAUGGUGCGGCCUGUCACUGCGUCUCCUUGACUACCUUGGCUCCCUCAAGAGCACCUAUGAAACUCAGGUGAAUAUUCUGUACAGUGAGCUUGUGGAAGCACUAGAUAGAAACAAGGGCUCAGCUUUUAAUGAAGAGUGAGAACUGCUGGAACAAGAUAUAUACACUGGCAAGCUGACAGCAACUUGAAGAUGUGUGGUUCUAAGAUGUUGAAUGUUUAAAUUCUUAACAAACUUGCUGUUUUGCUUGUUUUUUUCCUGCCCUGUUUUCAUGUUGUUAAGUGAAAUUUCCAAAAAUAAAAGCAUUUUGACUUUUACUGUUGUGACCAGCUCAUUUCUGAGGAACAAAUGAUUUUUACAAAGUGCUAAGGAACAUAUAUAUAUUGGGCUUUCCUGGUGGCUCAGACAGUAAAGAAUCUGCCUGCAAUGCAGGAGACCCAGGUUCAGUCCCUGGGCUGAGAAGAUCCUCUGGAGGAGGAAAUGGCAACUCACUCCAGUAUUCUUGCCUGGAGAAUUCCAUGGACAGAGGAGCCUGGAGGGCUACAGUCCAUGGCGUUGCAAAGAGUCAGACACAAUGGAGUAAGUAUUGAAAUAGCCCAUGCCCCAUGUGAACAAAAGGGGAUGUUCAUCCUGAUCCAAUACAGAUUGCAUUUCAUUCGAUAAGUGCUCUAAUUCCCAACAUCUGAACAUAACAGAGAACCAUAGACUCUUCAUCGGAUGUACCUUAGUGGUCCGUGGGCCCAGCAUUAAUCAGAUUUCAUGAAAUCUAUGACAUCCUUGUGACUUGGUUGUCCAGGCUCUAUCAGAACAUAUCCUGACAGAAAACACAAUCCUGAGACAAUGCAAUCCACCAUUUUUUGCUAAUUGGUAAAAUACACUUCCUCAUACUGAACAGAAAUUUGUCUCAUAGCAAGUUUGCUUCCUCUGUUCCCCCUAUCAUCCUGGCUUUUUUCUUCUGGUUAUACAUCCUCAGACUCUCACCUGUUCCUCAUAUGAUGUAGUUACCUCACCUUUCCCAGAGCCAAAGCCCACGUUCCAGUGAGGUCUGACCCACACAGUUCAGCAAUGUCAUUCUGGCUAGAGUUGCAUUAGUGUACUGUAAGAUUACACUGACUUUUUUCCCUAGUUGGUUUGUAUUAACAUUUAUUAACUUAAGAUUUUGAAAUAGUUUUAUACUCACAGAAAAGGUGCAAAUUGCUACAUACCCUUUACCCAGAGUCCCCAUUUGUUAAUAUUUUAGUACAUUGCCUUACCAUUCUCUGUGUUUCUUUCUGAAUCAUUCAAGAUUAAUUUGCAGACUUCUCACUCCAUUACCCCUUUGCCACAUUGUGUAUUUCCUAAAAACAAGAAUACUAUUCUCCCAAAUGACCACAGUACAGCGAUCAAUAUUAAUAUUAGAAAAUUCACAAUGAUACAAUUCUACCACCUAACCCACAGACUCCUUUCAAAUUUCAUUGGUUGUCUUAAGUCCUUUAUAAGUUCAGGAUCAUAAGUUCCUUUUAGAUGUCAUGUCUCUCAUCUGCAAACCAAAAGUUUCUUGGUCUUUCCUGAUCUUUCAUGACCUUGACACUUUUGAAGAAUAUAGGCUAAUUACUUUGUAACAUGAAUCUCCCCUUCAGUGUAGCUGGUGUUUCCUAAUGAUUAAUUUAUACAUUUUUGGUAAGCACACCACAGAAGUGGUGUGUUCUCGGUGCAUCAUACCAAUAGACACUCAAUGUCAGUUUGUUUCAUUGAUGGGUAAAGUUAAGACAAUGUCUACCAUAUUAAUAAUUCAUAAGUAAUUGUGAAGUAUCUUGUGGAAGAUACUUUAAGAUCAAAUAUCCUGUUCCUCAUUAAACUCUCACGAGUUUUAGCAUCCACUGAUGACUCUUGCCUGAAUCUAUUUUUACUGUAAUGGCUACUAAAUGUUGAUUUUUUUUAACAUUUCUAUCAUUCCCUCUUCAUUUAUUAGUUGGCAUGUGUAAAGAAGAGCAUUCUCUCCUUAUUUAUUCAUAUUUUUAAAAUAUAUUUUAGUAUAGACUAAUGGAUUCCUAUCUUAUUCAAUGUUACAAUACACUAUUACCACUAUUUUGCUACUUAAAGCUGCCUCCUAUGUCCUUUUGACACGUCCCCAUCAUUCACUAAACAAUUCCUUGCUGCUGCCGCUAAGUCGCUUCAGUCAUGUCCGACUCUGUGCGACCCCAUAGACGGCAGCCCACCAGGCUCCCCCAUCCCUGGGAUUCUCCAGGCAAGAACACUGGAGUGGGUUGCCAUUUCCUCCUCCAACGCAUGAAAGUGAAAAGUGAAAGUGAAGUCACUCAGUCGUGUGACCGACAGGCAAGAGUACUGGAGUGGGUUGCCAUUGCCUUCUCCAAAACAAUUCCUUACUCUGUGACAAAAUAAGAUGUUGCAGGCUUGUCUUGUACUUUCCCUGCUCCUGCACUGGAAUCAGUUAUUUCUCCAAGGAUCCCGUAUUCCUUUUAAUGGAGAAGGGUAGUUAUUAUCCAAGAUCUGAGUGCUAGGUGUACUCAUUAGUACUAGGGUGCAAUUGUUUCUACAGCUUCUCAGUGGACAGAAUUAGUAAAUAAAUGUGUGGGUGUAUACAUACCUACAGGUAAAUGUGUGUUCUGCUAAGUCUCUUCAGUCGUGUCCGACUCUUUGUGAACUUAUGGACCGUAGCCCACUAGGCUCCUCUGUCUGUGGGCUUCCCCAGGCAAGAAUACUGGAGUGGGUUUCUGUACCUCCGCCAGGGGAUCUUCCUGACCAGGGAUCUAAUCUGAGUCAUGUCGCCCACAUUGGCAGGUGAGUUCUUUACCACUAGCGCCACCUGGUGAAUAUAUAUAAAACUUCAUACUGAUAUGAACAUACUGAUAACUUAUUGAGCUCAUACUGAUACUUCCAUUUUCAAUCCAACACCAGAGGGUUUAGUCUAGUCUUCCUCCUUUUCCAUAGUUGCAACUAUCUUUGCCAACAUUGAGAAACCUGACUCCUAUCAACUUCAAAUAUUCACUUAUUUGCUCAAUCUCCCUGUUUGAGAACAAUCUCCCAGUCAGACCUCAGUCCUAAUGCCACCAUACUGACCAUGAGGGCCGCCCCUUCAGCCAAAAAGCCUUGGCAAACACUAGCCAAGUCAUCAGCCAAGCUCGCGGCCCAGGGAAGGAGCAAGCUGAGUCCCUUACCGGGCACCCCACCAAAGGGAAGGGCAAGGAAGCACAUUUACAUUUAAGCAGGCAUUUCAUAUUGUUGACUUACGAGACUUACUGUUUACUCUCCCCAGUGUUCACCUUGGGUUUUUUCCUAUCUAGUUUUUGAGAAGUCAGCUCAAGUGUCAGUUCCUCAAAGAAACCUUUCUCAACCAGGUCAGGUUAUCUUGUCAUAUGCUGUCUUAGUGCUCUGUUUUAUUCUUCAUAGUUUGUAGAUAAUAUAUUUCCUUGCGGACUAAUUUGAUUAACAUCUGUCUCCCUCAAUAGUCUUUAAGCUGCAGAAGGGCAGACAGUGUAUAUCCCAGUGUCUAGCACAGUGCCUGGCACUUUCAAUUGUUAAUGAAUGAAAACUAAGUUUUAUUUUUUUAAGAUAUCCUAUUAAUUGAUGUCUCAGCUUGUACUUCCAGCCUAAGUGCAUUUAUCACUAUUAAACUGCUCUCACCAGUUGUUCUUUUUAAAAUUUCUAUCUUUGUUACAGUGUUAUCCCUCUCAGACCCACAUUAUCUGCAUAUUUCAUCAGUGUACCACCUUAUGUCUUCAUCCAAGUAGGUGAAAAGAUGUACUUAAUAGGGAAGGGCUGAGACACAGCUUGGUGACAGGCCUUGCAGUCCUACCCACAAGUUUGUUCAUUCAUGCAACAAACACUUUCUAAACACUUUCUACUAUGUAUUGGACAUGGUUAUAGGUACUGGGGAUAAAGUCAUGAAUAAAUUAGAGGACAGGGUCUCUCCUUUGAGGAGCUUACAUCCAAGUGGAGGUGACAGAUAAGUUAGUAUAUAAAUAAACUUUGAUCCAUUAAUUAGCAGACUUUGGGAUGAUCACUCACCCAUUCCAUAAUUGUACUAUCUACAUUUUCCCAACUUUUUCACAAGGAAAAAGUCACACAUGAGUGGCUGUCAACACCUUGCUGGAUCAGAUACACUAUGUCUACAAUGUUCCCCAGCUUUACCCAUUUAUAUAUGCUCACCUCAUUUCAGAAAAGCAAAUGAACUUAGUCUGUCUUGUACUCUUCUUAGGUAGAGUUUUAUAAACCCUUUGUGAUCACUACUUCCCUUCCAGGUCUCAUGCAAACCAUCCUUUCCCAUAACAUAGAAACUUGCCUGGGAUUAAGAUGAAAUUUGCCUAUCUAAAGCUUAUGAAACCUACCAUCCUCCCUUUAAAAAGGAGUAUUUGUCCUUCUCUAGGCUGCCAGCAUUUUUCUUGUUCCCCAUGGUUACAAACACCAGUGCAAUGAUCUCAUCUACAGGUUCUUUCAAUAUCCUGAAAUACAACCUGUCUCAGCCAGGAGACUCAAAAUUGUUUAAAGCACUCUGAUGCUUUCCUAUAAUUUUCUUAUUUACUAUGGUCCUCAGUUCCCUCUUUACCAACGUCUGCUUGACCCUUUCCAGUCUAAUGGACAGAGUUUGUAUGGUGGAGAAGACUAGAGCAAAGGAGGAAUUAAAGAGGUUGUCUGUCAACAUUACACCAUUUCAUUUUUUACCGUGUGGUACUACUGGAAGUCUUUUUACAUGUGUUUAUAUUACAUUUAAAAUUUUAAAAAACUAAUUCUAAUUAAAACAUACUAUUCUGCCCCAACUUGCAGACUUCAUAUCCUCCUUGAUUUGCUUCUUGAUGCAAACAAAUUGAAAACAAGCCUCUUUUUCUUACUCCUAGCAUUAGCUCAUUUGGGGUCAGGCCUUCCUGAUAUAAUUUUGACAGCUCCUUGUUACUAUUUUAUAUUCAUCUUUGGUCAGAUGCCCUCUCUCCACCUUUUAAAUGUCUCAUCAUCAAAGAACUCCUUCAUUUACAUCAUUUUCUUUCCAUACUUUUAUUUUUAAUUCUUCAUUAAAAUACUCCACAAUUAUAAGGUCAGAAUUUAGCUUCUAAGAGCUUUAAAAUCCUUUUGGAAGGGCAGUUGAGUAGAAAGUGCAGGAAAACUAACAGUGAAUAUAUCCCUACUAAGCACGGAGCCCUUCAUGUGUGCCAUCCCAUCUAAUUGUUGUCACAACCCUGGGAAGGAGGUGGUGCGACUCUAUUGUUGCUGUUCCUUCCUUCUUUCCUUUCUUUCUCCCUCCUUCCCUGUCAUUCCCUGUCAUUCUGUGGGCAACAGGCUGAGAGAGUUUUAAGUCACUUAAUCAAGGUCACACAGCAGGUAAAUGGCAGAGCUAUGAUUAAAAGCUACAUCUAUUAGGCCCCUGCUCUUUCUUUGCCCUCAUGCUACCUUUUCUCUGAACCAUCUGAAGUCUGCCUUCUUAAAUUCCAGAGCAAAAUACCUUACUAUGUCCAGCCUUAUGCUGUCAAAAAUCCAGAGCUAUUAUGGUUACUCUUCGUUUCCACUUCACUAAUCAGUUCUGUUAUUGGUCAGUAUUAGGUCAUGGAGAGCAAACAGUUUGCUUGUGGAUUUACUUUCCAAGGGGAAAUAUUGUCAACAAGACAAGUAAAAUAUUUCAAAAUGUUCUGCUUUUAAGCAAAUGAAACAAUAGAAACCCUGGACAAAGUACCUCAUUUCUGCUAAAUCUUGCCCAAUGCCAUUUUUGUGAUCUGUGUCAGGAAUACAUAGCCAUUUCUCCCAUUUUGUAAAGUGCUGUGUGACAUGCUUAACACUAUAUUACUCGGGCUCCUUUCUCCUUUCAACUUCACCAAAACUCUGUAGAGGACUCUGUCCUCAUGUUUGUGGAUGUCUGUGCACACAGCACAAUGCCUUCUCCCAUUCUCAAGGGAGUCUUUCUUUACAGUGUGCUCCUGAUACCAAAUUCUAGUUGUGUUUCAUUCCACCAAGUCUUAAUGAUAUCUUUUAGUUGAUAUUUAUUGCCUUGAGGUAAAAUUUCAGGAUUACCUCGUAAUACUAGGUUGAACCAUAUGAAGUUGCCAUUUUUGUAAGUCAAAGCAGUAGAAUAUUGGCAAUUUCAUGUGGUUCAACCCAGUGUAUGUGCUGUGCAUUGACACACAAACAGCUUAAGCCAUAAAUUCUACUUAUGACUUUUCCCAGAUAUAUUCUCCUAUGACUGAACAGGCACCUCUUCCAUUGCUGUUCUUGUUGUCAUAGCUGAUAUAGUAAUUGAUUUUACAUCAUUUACAUUAUCAGGUCAUUUUCCUCCUUUCCCCUCCAUUUUCAAUUUAAAGUUCUCUUUAUCAGAUCGACAAGGCUUUGAGUAAACACAUUUUUCCCAGUUAUCAUUGAGAACUCUGUCCCUAGCCAAGAGCCCAGCAAUCCAAUAUUUUAAACUAUAGUCCAGACAAAUCCUAUUCUGCAAUUCCAUCUCUAUAGGCAGCUAUUUCACCAUUCAUAUUUUCUAAGUAUCAGUUUUCUUUUGUAAGGGGAAAAAACACUUGAUCAAUCAUGUCAUUGAAUUUUCCAGUCACAAUAGUCAUUGGGGAAAGUUUCUAUGUCUCCUUUGGUGGGGCCAUUCAUUCCUACCAGAUGUCCACCUGUUAAAUCAAGAGGUGAAGGAAGGUGGAAAUGGGCAUUUGUUUGAUAGCUUUACCAUGGCUCUCUGCUAAACUGCAAUGAAGUACAUGAUCAGAGAAAAUAUUCAUACUAUGUCGGCAUACUUAUGGCCCCCUCCACAUUGUCAACCCAGAAGCCAUCAACCAUUCAUUCAUUCAUCUGUCCAUCUAGCCAAUGAGUAAUUGUGGUUUAGACCCAGAUCCUACCCUCAGUGAGCUUAUAGUCUAACAAAGGAACUGGUUAGGCUUACAAUUAAUGUAUUACAAUGAUUAUAAUAUUAAAGAUAGAAUGUGACUAAUAUAAAAGAAGGGGAAAUGUGUUGAGAUGCCAAAGGAGGGAAUCAGGAAAUAUUUUGUGGAGAAGGUUGAACGGGAUUUGGACAUAAGGGACAAGGGGAAGAGUAUUCUAGGCAAAACAAAACAACAAUAACAAAAAAAAAACCCAGCAUGGCAAAGGCAUAGUCUUCUGGUAGUAGAAACGGUGAAUGUUUCCUUUUAUGUGCAGUAUAGAGUGCUUAAGGUAAAUAUUGAGGAAAAGCUUUAAAAUACAGGUUGGAAGCAGAUUAUGGAGGAUCUCCGACACCUGACUAAGGCAUUUGAACUUGAUUCUUUAAGCCAUGGAAGAAUUUGAGCUGGGGAGUGGUAUGGUCAGACAGACUGUGGGAACAUUAAUCAGGGCAACAGUGGGUGAAGUGGAUUGGAAGGGAGAGUCUCAGUUCAGUUCAGUCAUAUCUGACCUUUGUGACUCCAUGAACCGCAGCACGCCAGGCCUCCCUGUCCAUCACCAACUCCCAUUUACCCAAACUCAUGUCCAUUGAGUCGGUGAUGCCAUCCAACCAUCUCAUCCUCUGUCGUCCCCUUAUCCUCCUGCCUUCUAUCUUUCCCAGCAUCAGGGUCUUUUCAAAUGAGUCAGCUCUUCACAUCAGGUGGCCAAAGUAUUGGUUUCAGCUUCAACAUCAGUCCUUCCAAUGAACACUCAGGACUGAUCUCCUUUAGGAUGGACUGGUUGGAUCUCCUUGCAGUCCAAGGGACUCUCAAGAGUCUUCUCCAGCACCACAGUUCAAAAGCAUCAAAUCUUCGGCGCUCAGCUUUCUUUAUAGUCCAACUCUCACAUCCAUACAUGACUAUGGAAAAACCACAGCCUUGACUAGAUGGCUAGAGGAAGCCUAAUUUGUAAAUCAUUAUAACGUCUCUAUUUCACCCUUUUAUAAGGCCCCACACUCUUCAUGAAUAGCACUUAUGUUUGUAAAUAUCUAUUUCUAUGACUGUUUGAUGCCUGUCUCCUCCACAGUGGGCUCUGUAAGGGCAGACUUAUCUGUUUUGCUCACUGUUGUAUCCCCAGGGCCUGACACAUGGAAUUGUUUGUUGAAUGAAUGAAAUAAUGAAGAAUCGAAUUGGGAUAAUAGCAGUAAAAACAGUGAUGGUGAAUGUGAGGACUAUUAGACAUAGACAGGAUGCAAAGAUUUCAGGUCUGGGUGGGGAGAAUGUUUCAACAAUGUGAAAUAUGGUAGAGAGCUUUGUAUAUCUCUGUAAAAGUAUAAAAUCUGUUGGUUUGGAAUUCAUGAUGACUUGUGAGAGCAGUUUCAGUGGAGUGGUGAGGGCAAAAGCCAGACUGCAAGGAAUAAUACCAAGGCGGGAAGUAUUAAGAAACAGAUGAGGCAGCACAGCACAGCAGCAAAACGCAGAACCAAACUGCCCAGGUUCAAAUCCUUGCUCUCCCACUCACUAGCUGUAUGACUUUGGGUGAGGUGCUUAAACCUCACUUUGGACCUGUUUCUUGCUUAUAAAGUUUCCAUAACAACAGUUAUAUAGAGUUCUUGUAAAUAAAUACUUGCAAAGCUGGUAGAGCAAUGCCUGACACCUAUUACAGUAAGUCCUUCUGAAGGUUUGUAAUUAUUAUUUUGCUCUUGCUGUCUAGCAGGGUCAUGUGUUUCCCUGCACCCACUAACUCUUGACACCCUCUUGUCAUUCUAUUUCUCCACAAGAUCUGAAUUUCCCCGUCCUAGGAAAGGCUUCCUAUCUUUAUGCAGCAGCCAGAGUGAGGUGGGGUUUUUAACCUUUUCUGUUGUUUCGCAAUCUUCCACUCAUCAGUCUUGACUCUGGUUUUUAUUCCCCUUUACCCUCUCUAUUGUCUGUUAUUUCUUCUCUGAAAAUAGUGGGGUGAACUCUAGUAGAGGGAGGGCCUUUUUUGUUUCCUCUACUUAACAGCAAGGGGGUGGGUUCCCCCUUGACUUUUUUAGGAUUUUUUUUACCUUUACAUUUUAUUUAUUUGCAGUUUUCCCCUCAUUCGGCCUAGGAAGUUUCAACCUCUCUGAUAAGUUGAAGGUAAGGGAAACUUUUUUUGUGUGGGAAUUUUGUUAAUGCCUCAAGAGCCGAAAAUUGAAAAGCUUGCAUUUAACAAACACAAAGCCAGCAACUGCUCUAAAAGCCCAACCUGGGGCAUCACUGCCUACAGGACCUCAGAACCAGGAAGCACUUCCUGGUUGGAGUCUCACAGCUGACAGCCCUCACUCUCAUGAGAAACACCACCAGGAGCUACUAUUUAUCACCAUGUGGCACCUACACUCUCCUUAGGAGGGCGUCUAGUGGCAUGUUUGACACCUCUAUUUCCAUAUUUUCCUAGCACAAUUUCUUUGAGGGUAAGUAAUCAGAAUAGGCACCUUCUUUUAUCAGUUUUCUGUUUUUCAAGCUGUCCUGGGAUCCUACACCUCUACCCAGCUGGGAAAAGGAAAUUUCCCACACCCUAGUUCACACGCCUCCUAUGGAUCUUUUUCCUCCCUCCUUUCCAGCAAGCACCGAGCAUGUAAUGUUUGAUCAUGUAUAAACCUAAUGUGCUCUUGGGCUGUGUUCUUUGGCAGCUGUAUUUAAGCCUCUCACACCAUCUGCAUCACUGUUCAUUGGUUUUUUCCAACUGCAAAUCCACAAAAAGCAUGAACUGUCUUUUUGUGACAGAUUCUGCAUAGUAUGCGUCCUUUAGAAUUCUAUUUUAUCAUCGUCAAUAAGCCUUAGAGCUGGGAGUGGCUGUAGAGCUCAUUGGUGCAACUUCUUCCUGUUUUAGGUUAAGAUAGUGAGGCCCAGAAAGGGGGAGUUCAUUCACCAAACAUUUUUUGGGCAUCUAGCAUGUAUUAGCUGCUGUGAGGGAUACAAAGAUACAUCAGAUGCAAUCCCAGCCUUCUAGAAGUUUUCUGUCUAGUUGAAAAAGUACGUUAUGGACGAGGAAGAACAGAGUAAGUUCGUAUAAACUGCUAAAGUGGUGCAAAGGAAGGGAGGGGGAAGGUCUUUUGGAAAGACCAGUGGCAUUACCAUGAAAAAUGCCACUGAAGCUGAAAGUUGAAAGGUUCCAUAGAGAUCAGGACUGGAAACAUUCCAGACAGAGGCUUUGCUCACAGGUUAAAAGGCAAGUCUAGAUUGGUUUAUAGAGAAACAUAGAGUAAGUAAUAUGGAAAAGCAGAUCAGGGCCUGUGGAGUGUGUUCAGUAUAUCCCUCCUCCACAACCCAGACUCCUGUCACCAAGCUGGCCCUGCUGAACUUAUAGCUCUAACCUGAAUGCCACCUUCUCAGAGAAGUCUUCCCUGGACACCGUCUCUAAGCAGGAACCCUCUCUAUAUUACUCUCUAUUGCCGCAUCCUAUUUAGUUCUUUCACAGCAUUUAGUAUAACAUGUAAUUAUAUACUUAGUUACUUGUUUUUUGCCCUCUCCCCACUAGACUAGAAGCUCCUUGAGGGCAGGGACUGUCUUCCUUUGAUUUGCCAUUGUAUUUCCAGCACCAAGCACAAGGCCUCUCAUUAGGAGCUCGCUGGUCAGGGCUCUUCUUAUUGUGAGCGUAGUGGCAGUGAUAAUGAAAACAAAGCACUAAAUUGAAUGGACACCAUAAAGAAUCAAAUUUCAGUAGGAGAUUGGAUAUGAUAACCAAAGGAGAGAAAUCAGAUUUUGAGCCUAGGUGACUAGGAAAAUGCUGGCAUUUAGGAUGAGAAAGAAGAGUGAAGGAGUCUUACCCGAAGCCAAAAUGCUCCAGGGAGGAAUGGAGUCACAAGGAGUGGGGGGUGCACAGAAAGAUGUUUAUCUUUCUGUGAUGCUGAGAGGAGUCUUUGAAAAUCAUUUUUGGGAGGUCCUAGCUGGCCCUGAGAGCUUUUGGUUACCUGAUAAACUUGCACUGAACCAAUGAAUGGUCAGUAAGAGGGAGCAGAAUUGGAGAUUGUUCAGUUCCUGGUAAGAAGACAGCAGAGAGAAAAGAAAAAAAAAAAAAAAAGAAGACAGCAGAGUGAAAAGAAAGGGAGCUAAAGAAGAGGAAGCAGUUGGAAAUGAAAAGGAGUCCUAAUUGACAGAGCAAGAUCAGAUAAGAAGUAGCAGGGACUCCAGAACAGAAGUUCUCCACAAAACAGAAAACAAACUUCACAUUCACCACAGGUUUGGGCCUCAUCAAAUCUCUUCCCUCCAAGCUUGAAGGGAGGAUGGUUGUGGCAACAGGAAGGCCAGUCUCAGGAGAACAUCCUCUUGCAUGUGCUCUUCACUACCAGCAGGCAGGUCUGAAUCUUCUCAAACCACCCACUUUCCAGUCCUCUGACCUGUACUAGAUAGAUGCUUCUGAGAGUGCCAUGAUGGACAGGACGCAGAGGGACUCCAUUAGGUCUAACACGUAAACCACCAGUGAGUGGGUAUCAACCCGAUGCUGCAGAUAAAAUCUAGUGAGGGCUUCACUGCUGAACAGAAUAUCCUCUGUGACAACUCUUGCUACCAAGACCACAUUGGUUCCACAAGAAUCAAGGUACAUGGGGUGGGGGAUAGGGACGGGGCACACCAGUUCUGCUGUCUGGGAAGUGAUGAAAGACUUUUUGAGGAAAUUGGAAUUUUAGCUUCACAAUGUUACCUGCAGUAAUAGAAGUCAUAGAGGUGCCACGGAACUGAUUGAAUGAAUAAGAGGAUUAGUGGCAUCGAGGUCACGAAAUCCUAGGUGGGAACACAGAUAAAGGACAAAACAUGGGAGCAACUGAGGCAAGCGCACUGGGCACCUAGGCGAGCAUCUCCUGUGGGCACUUGUUCCUGGGGUUACCUUGAGAAAGCUAAGGCUCUCUCAGCAGCCAGUCUGACACCAUGGACCUCCAGUGGCUGGCACCAGGCAAGUACUGUCCCUGUGGAGAGGGCUCCAUUGUCCUUUAACACUAGCAUUUGUGCUCAAGGAGCCCAGUGUCCCUUUUCAGUCCCCUCCUUUUUUGCUUGACUUUGACCCACUCAGGACACUCUCCCUCUCGUCUCUGCCCAGUCCUGCAGCUCAGCCCCCACUUUCCUCUGUAUCUGACGUAUUAGCUUCAUCUUUGAGCAUUAACUUCCACACUGUUUUGGGUAAAGAUUCUGCUUUCAUUAGCUAAUUUCUUGAACCACCUUCACCUUAAGAUAAAGUUGGUCAUUUGUAUCUGUAUUUUACGUAGUCAGAGAUCAUCCGAGGAAUGUUUUACGGUCUGUUAAACAAAGAACCCAGGGCCUGACUGGCUGUGUUGUCAGCAGCAAAGCCUAGGAGAGAACGGUGUUGCCUCCCUGUGGAGAUGGUGGCGGUGGAGCUCAGGGUCAGGGUGUCCACCUCUGCUUUUCUCAACUUGCUCAGCAUCUUCCCACUGGGGCUGCGUUUUCUCCAGCCGCACCACCUCCAGGAGGGACAGCAGCUGUGGAGCCAGCCUGAGGUCUCAGCACAGCGGGAUCAGAGGCCAGCUCUCUGUACCCUUUGCACUUAGGAGCCAGAUUUCCUUAAAACCCCACAGAGUGCUUUGGGGACUUCUUUUUGUCAGGCUGCCUUCUGGUGAAUGAGAGAAUGUGUGAAAAGAAGCACCCUGCAAACUGCCACGUGCCCCAAACAGCUAAGGAGUCAUCCCCACUGCAGUUCAGCCCCCACACAGUCAUCGCUCUAGACUUGAAUCACAGCAGGACGACCUCAGGCUUCUGCAUGCGAGCUGCAGGGACAUCAGCCAAGUCACAGACACCUGCUCCAAGUGCUCCUCCUCUCAGCAGAGGGCUGCCAGAAUGACUGACACCCUGCUCUGCAACCUGGUCCCAUCUCACCCUUGGUUCCCCUGCACAGUAACACUUUCUGGUAGCUGGGUUUGCUUACCGUAUUUAUUACUCGGAUUUCUGCUGUUCCCUUGGCUCCUGCUUUCUCUAACAAAUGUCUGUGCUGCAAGUAGGCACCUCCUGUCUUGUGUACCUUUGGCAUUUUGCCCCAAAGGACGCGGAUGCCCUCCACACACACCUGGCCAGCAGUACUGGAGGCAGUGUUUGGGGGCAGGGAUAGAAGACUGAGCAUACAGCCUUCACAAAGGAACUAUUACAACAACAGGAGUCUAAAGCCAUCCAGAGGAAAACCUGACUUGGGCAGC